GGAAAGCAGAGGAAGUGUCGCCGCAGAGGGGCCUUAACAAGGCCGCGAUGGCUGACGGAGGGAAGCGGGAGAGGCCGAAUGAGGCUCGCCGCUGCAGCCGCGCCCGAUAUUUUUGCACCGCGGGACGCGGGAUGGAGUCCUUCCUCGUCAAAGAGGUACAGGCCCGCUUAGGCGCCACUCAGGUAGAAUAUGUAUCAGGAAAAGUUUUCUUCAAUACCAAUGUUGAAUUGAGUAUGUUGAAGCAACUAAAGUCAGCUGAAAGAUUAUUUUUGCUGCUGAAGAAAUGUCCUCCACUUUCCUUCUGUGGGAAUAAAGGAAGAAUAAUCCAGGAUGUUCAAAAACUUGUAAAUGAGAAUCCCAGGUGUUGGCUGGAUACAGUUGCUCUCUGGAGAAGUCUUUAUGAUCAGGAGGCAAAGCAACUAUACUUGUGUCAAGAAUACCCAGAUUCCAAAAAACAGAAGUUGGAAGAGGAAAAAAAUAUUGAAAAUGAAAAGCAAAAGAGACAAAUAAUAUUAGAGACAGUCACUAUUAAAAAUCAAAUAGAAGACCAGCAAAAAUGUGAAUCACCAGAUGUUUGUAAAGACAUUUUCUUGCCUCAAGGCAGACUUUUUCUAGAAAAGACUCCUGAACUUAUUCAAGACAAAACUAUUGCUUGCAACACGUAUUUAAGUUUCAGAGUAUCAUGUCGUUGUAGUGGAGUACUUGCAAAAUUAUUUACUGCACAGGAGUUGGGGAAAAUAAUUGGAAUAGCUCUUAUGAAGAAUUUUGGAUGGAAAGCAGAUCUUAGAAAUCCUGAUUUAGAGUUCAAGGAAGAGGCAAGACAAAAAUCAGAAGGGGGAGGAGUCCUAAACAUAAAAACAGAGAUUUUUGUGCAUCUAAAUGAUGUUUAUUCUGUGAUCGGGAUCCCUCUUUUCAGACUUCCCUUGGCAAGUCGAGCGUACAUUAAAACUGCUGGAUUGCGAUCUACCAUUGCUUGGGCUAUAACAUCACUUGCUGAAAUCAAGGCUGGGGCAUUUGUACUGGAUCCCAUGUGUGGGCUUGGUACAAUACUUCUGGAAGCUGCAACUGAAUGGCCUGAUGUGUAUUAUUUCGGGUCUGAUAUAAGUGAUUCACAGUUACAAGGAGCUUACACAAAUAUUAGAGAUGCAAGCCUGAUAGAUAAAAUAGAGUUAUUUAAAUCUUCUGUGACAGGAUUACCUUUCCCCUCAGAAAGCAUUGAUACCAUUUUGACAGACAUUCCAUUUGGGAAAAAGUUCAAAAUAACAGAAGACAUGAAGUUCCUUCCCAGAGUUUUUCAAGAACUUGAAAGGGUGCUUUGUUUUGGAGGGACUAUUGUACUGUUACUUAAUCAAGAACUUUAUAAAUGUAUUUCUAAUGGUAUUGCCCAUGGUCCUCAGACUGAGCAGCACAUCUUUGCAGAAUCUUCUACUGAUUGCAGACAAAGUGAUUUGAUAUCAGUUGAGCCAGAUACCAAAAAAGAAAGUACUGGUUUGGGGACUGUUUCCCUUUCAACUCAAGAUGCAAGGAAAGAACACCUCAGUUGUGAAAAGGCAGAUCUUGGCUCUCUGGUGUUCAUAGAAUCCUUUGAAGUUAGCCUUGGCAAGACAAAUGCAUUCAUAUGCAAGUACAAGAAGGUAACUUGAAGGAUCUGGAAAAAGGUAACAUCAGGCAAGUAUGUAUAAAACACUUAAUAUCUUGUGUUUCAAAUCAGAUGGACUCAGGGCAACUGGGCAUUGAUGAACUUGACAAUCAGAAUUGCAUAGCUGCCACAGCACAAGAUCCUAAAGCAUUAUAUUAGGAUCUAUAACUGAAAACAUUGGGCUAAAUUUAGAUUCGUGAGGUGAAAGAGGCACAUGGUGGUCCAGUCCAAAUGGAAAUAGAGAUUAAUGGUGAGAUAAUUUUAAGGGACAGGAUUUCUCAAGACAAUCCGCAAGAUAAACUAGCAUAAUGCACUAAAAUGAUUGAUAGCAAUCUUGCAUCACUUCCUGGCACUCACAUGUCACCAUUUUGCACUGUUAGGCAAGGAUCAUGUUUGUGUGUCAUACACCAAGAGUCAUUUUGAUUGCAGUGGGACAGAAAUGCAAUCAAACAGUCAAUGGCAUUGUACUAUAUUCUGCCUUCAUGGGAAUCAUUGUGCAGGAUAAAACUGACCUUCGAGAAGAUAUUCUGCAACUUCUGAAAUAACCUUCCUGGAUGCCAGUCCAUUGUUGAGCAUUAUUCAGAGUAUUGGCAAUUGCUUUUCAGUCUUUAAGUAGCUUGUGUUAUCAAUCGGGGAGCGAUGAGGACUCCCAACCAACAGAACUCAUUUUUAUAUGAAUUAUUAGUAGAAUGCACUAAAAGCAGAUUCUUGCCUGAAAAUCAUAAUGAAUCCUGCUUCAGAAAUCUGAGCUUUGCAGCAAGAAAAUCCAAACUGUUUUUUUAGUUUUAGUGAAUAAAUAAAUGAAUAAACAUUUAAAA